CUGGAGAACGCGCGGAUCUGUAGAACGCGCGCUGGUUUCUGCCACCGCAAUCAAAAGUUUGGCGGCAGCUGAAGCUGUCGGCUGCGUUGCGUUUCAUUUGGCCGUGCGGAGAACCGUGUGGCGGCCGCCGUGCGAAGUGCCGGGCCCCGCCGCGAUGUUACAGAACCAGAAGCUUCACAGCUUCAGCGCGACGUUCAGCACGGUGGAUGUUCGGUGGAGUGUGGACGGCGCUGCCGGGAAGCAUGGCAGUCCUAUCCUCAUUCAGCCUGGCUUCCUGCGAAACGGAGGCGCGGCGUGGGAUGUGGAAUCCCUGGCGAGGCAGAACGAGGGCCUGCGGGGGCAGCUGCACGAGCUGGAGCAGACCUGCAGCGCCCUCCGCGAGGAGAACGCCUUGCUGCGCAAGAGCAGCAGCGUGGACACCGAGGACAAGGUCCGGCGGCUCAAGAGGAAGAACGCGGAGCUGGUGGCCAUUGCCAAGCGGCUCGAGGAGAGGGCCAAGAAACUGCAGGAGGCCAACAUGAGGGUGGCCACGACGCCGGCGCCACUCAAGCUGCAGGCGGUGGAGCAGUACCGCAAGGCGUUCGCACGGCAGCGAGCGCGGGACCUGGGCAGCCAGGCGGCGGCGCUGCUCUCCAAGGACAAGCAGGUGGACGCCCUGCAGAGGGAGGUGUACCGCCUGCGACACCUGCUGCACCUGCUUGCUCCCGAGGGGCUUGUGGAGCCGGAGAGCGACACGGAGCGGCUGCUCGUGGCCUCGCAGAAGGAGGUGCUACGUCUGCAGCGCCAGCUCUCCGUGGCGACGGGCAAGCGGCCGCCAUCGCUGCCCUCGCCGGACAAGGGGCGGCAAAUUUCCGGCGCCAGCCAGCCAGCCCUGAGAGCCCCCCCGGAGCGCCUGCGAGCUGUCGAGGAGUCCAACCGCUCGCUCAAGGCCGAGGUCAAGAAGCUCAAGCAGGAGGUGCAGCGCUCCAAGCGCCUGGAGGGCGAGCUGAGCAAAAAGAGGAAGGAGGCCGAAGUUUUGGAACAGGACGUCAAGAAGCGGAAGCGCCGAUGCCAAGACCUGGAGUGCGAGCUGAAGGAGCGGCAUCAGGAGAACGUGCGGCUCGGCAAGGAAACAGCCCGGCUCCAGCACCGCACCCAGCAGCAUGAGAGGGAGAAGACCGAGUGGCAGGAGCGAGUGAAGGCUGCAGAGGCAGAGAAGGGCUACCUGACAGAGGAAAACCACCAGUUGCGUGCCAAACUGGACAGGUUUGAAAAGGCACAAGCUGAAACGAACAAAGACCACGAUGACGUUGUGCAGGUCCUGGAGGCGAAGGUGCACGAUCUGGAGGAGUGGUGCCGCACGCACGUGCACCACCAGUUCGGGCAGCUCACCCACGAGCUGGAGCGAUUCGGCCUGCACAAGGCCCACGGCGACGCGGUGAACGGCGGAGCCUCCAGGCCCCCCGAGACGCAGCCGCAGCUGCAUGCGGCGACUCGCGGGGGCCCCGAGGCAACCGGGCCGCCGACGGAACCAUCUAUGACCGCGGAGGCCGGCGCCGGGCGUCAUGAGCUCACGGGAGCUGCUGCUGUGGCCGCUGCCUGGUCCUCGCCGGGUCCCCUGGAGAGGAUGGACGGGACGGCCUGCGUGGCUCACGUGGCUCACGUGGCUCACGUGGCCCCACUGCCUGCCGGUGGAGAGGCAGCCAGCGGUGGCGCGUCGUGUCCACAGGAUCAGCCCACCCACAUCGUCGCUGAGCAGCCACCCAGACUGAGAGGUCGGCUCCAGCAUGGCAGCCUCUCUCGUUCCUUCUCCAUGGAGGUGGACACGGCAAGUGAGGUGGACGACUUGGACACGGACCACGUCUCGCCCAUCAGUAGCCUGGCCGCGCGGGGAAAGAGCAAACUGCAGGUGUUCAUAGCGCGGUACAGCUAUAACCCCUUCGAGGGCCCCAAUGAGAACCCGGAGGCUGAGCUGCCGCUGGCGGCCGGAGAAUAUGUGUACGUGUACGGCGACAUGGACGAGGAUGGCUUCUACGAGGGAGAGCUGAUGGACGGCAGGAGAGGCCUCGUCCCCUCAAACUUCAUCGAGCGCAUCUCCGACGAGGACUUGGUGGCGUUCCACCAGAUGGAGGGCGAGCAUUCAUUGUCGCAGCAGCAACACCUCCACCAUGUCCACCACCAUCACCACUCGUGCCCCGACCGUGACCGAACCCGUCCCGCCUCAGCCUGCAGCGUCUGCUGGGAAGGACAGUGCUGUCCCGGCCAGUGCCCCAACCCCUGCCAGAACAAGUGCCGGGCCGAGGUGCCAGCGCCACCGUGCGCGUGCCCGGCGCCACCGUGCGGCACCGACGGCGUUAGUUGUAAGUGCGGCCGCUCGAGCGAGACUCCACACCGCUGCUGUGGCGCGCCGUACGGUUGCAACGUCGGUCAAUCACUGCCGCGGCUCGGUACUCCCAACUGCACGGAGGACAUCGACGCGGAAGAAGCACCGCCUCUGCAGGACGACCCGCGCGUCCGUCACCCGCGCGGCAUCGCCCUCAUCAAGCAGCUGGCCAAGAGCGUGAUCAUCAGCUGGGAGCCGCCGCCGCUGCUACCGCCGCCGGCUCGCACUUCCGCGUCGUCGUCGCCGUCCCUCUCCACUUCCUCGUCCUCCUCCGCCUCCUUCUCCGCCGCGGCACCCACGAGCUACAACGUGCUGGUGGACGACGAGCUGCGGAUGAACGUACGCGCCAGCGCCAAGCCCAAGGCACUGGUGGAGAAGCUGGAGCUUUCGGCGCGCUCGUAUCGCGUGUCCGUGCAGGGCGUGACGGCCCGGGGCCUCUCGGACCCGGCGCUCUGCAGCCUCCUGGUGGGCGCAGGCGCCACGCCGGCCCCGCGCCAGCUGGCGGUCCGCGACAUGACGCCCUCGUCGGCCGUGCUCACGUGGCUGCCCAGCAGCAGCAGCCACGCGCACAUGGUGCGCGCUAACGGGGAGGAGCGCGGCGAGGUGGCGGCGGGCGUGCGCGCGUUCACGCUGCUCGGCCUGGAACCCGACCGGCACUACCGCGUCGUGGUGGAGGCGCGGCCGCAGCGGUCGCACUGGGAGCCGAGCCCCGAGGAGAGGCGGCGCAGGGAGGCGAGCAUCGCGUUCAGGACGCCACCCGCAGGUUUGCCAGACGCGCCACUUCACGUGCAGGUGGAGGCCGGACAGAGCACGGGGACGCUGCUCGUCUCGUGGCUCCCCGUCACCAUCGACGCCAUGGGCUCCUCCAACGGCUCCUGCGUCACCGGUUACGCCAUCUUUGCCGAUGGAGCCAAGGUGCUGGAGGUGGCGUGCCCGACGGCGGGCAGCGCCGUGCUCGACUCGUCGCUCUGCGAGGGCAGCUCCUCGCUCACGGUGCGCACGCUGUCUCCGCGCGGCAGCUCCCCGCACUCGCUCGCCGCCCGCCUCCUCCACCUCCCGCCACCGCCAGACCCGACGGGGAGCCCCGAGGGACCCUCGCCGCCUCCGCCGCCGUCGCCCGUCGCCGGGGCCCACGCCGGCGCGGAUGGCAGCGGCACGCCCACGAGACGGGCGCGCUCGGUCAGCAAGCUCAAGAUGUGCAACCACGCGGCCGGGUGGGGCAGCCCGUCCCGUGCGGAGCCGAUGGCCGCAGUAGGGGAGGCGUGGUACCACCCCGCCACUGACUCCUCGGGCCAGACUUUGACGGACGAGGCUCGCUUGAGAGCCACGGAAAUCCCCUGCGACACAGGGUCGAUGGGAGACGUCCCAGACACUCUCGCCACGGUGCAGCUGUGUGCUGCCGGAUCGCCGGCGAGGGCCGACGCCACCCCCUCGCCCAUAGUGCCAGCCGUCCGGUUCGCGGAGCCGCCCCGGCUGCUCAACUCGGAGGUGGUGGGGUUUGUGCCACCGGCAGACGGAGAGAGCGAUUGCGCCGAGGCGUCGCAGGCCAAGUCGGAGGAGGAGCACGGCUCCACGCAGCCCUUGUGCAGCUCCAUGGAGGAGUUUCUUCGGGAGAUGGAGCAGGACCGACUGAUACCGCCGCCUCGGUUGGAGGGCUACCAGACGGAGAGCAGCCGUGGCUCGGAGCUCUCCGACAUCCUGGAGGAGGACGAGGAGGACCUGAUGUCCGAGUCGGUGAAGCGCAGUGAGGCUCAGCGCCGACGUCUCAACUACCCGCUCAGGGAGGUGGGAGAGGGCUGCGACACGGACAGCGACGAGGAGAGCCUGGAGGCCGUGCUGGAACUGCCACUGCAGAAGCAAUGCAGCAAAAAGCUUUUCAGCAUCCCGGAGCUCACGGAGGAGGAGGAGGAGGAUGACGAGGAGGAGGAUGACGAUGAGAAGGAGGAGGACGAGGAAUCUGAGAGGGGCCUGAGGGAUGCAUUUGAGGAGUUAGCUGCUCCUCAUGUCCCCCUUACUCCUGGUCGGAAACUCUGGCAGAAAUACGACUGUCCCGGGAGAGUCAAAUGUGGGAGUCCUGGGUGUUCAGGCCAAGUCCCCAGAGAAAGCCCCAAGCAUUCCAGCAGAGUCAGAAAAUCGAGCCCUGAGCUGCUUGGCAUAGUCGCCCGGGAAAGCCCAAAGAAUUCCUUCAGCAUCGCCCACGAGAGCCGGGAGGUGUGGCCAGGGCUGGAGAAGAUGGGCUGCACGGUGCAGAGAGACAGGUUCCUAAGACGCAGCCGCUUUGCACAGAAGCAGGCCGAGGCCGCGGUGGCGGAACGGGGCCACGCGGACGCCUUCACGGAGGACGUUCCCCUCGACAACGUUCCAGCGCUUCAAGGCCGAGAAGGGGCAGCGGCGACGCAGGCCGACCUGUGCCGCACUCCGAGCGACGGGGGCAAGCGGUCACACGAGCACAAUCGGCGCAGCCCCAAGGCCAGGCCUCGAGCGGCGGAAUGCCGCCACCCCACCAACGAUGGGACGUCUGACGGGGAGAAGGAGCGGCCCGUGGCCCGCCGGCACGUCGAGGAGACGCACGGGAGGCCGGUGGCCGCGGCCGCCGCCUGGCGCAGUAGAAAGCGAGGGCUCACUCGGCAGAGCACGGUGGAAGAGGACUUCUCGGACACGGAGCGCGGAUCCGAGAUGGCCGGAGGGGACAGCAGUAGUGGCGGUGGCGGGCGUGGCGGCGGCAGCAGCAGCAGCACGGGAGACGCGAGUGCAACCGCGCUACCGGCGAGCCGGGCGGACCCUCGUGAGCGGGAGCGCAGUAGUGCCGCAAGGACUCGAGCCGUCGUGGCCUUUCGGCAGGAGCAGCCAAAGCACGGAGACACGGCUCCCAGCGGCGAUGCGCCGAGCGUCGCCCAAUCGGCGCCCGGUGGAGAUGCAGCCAAACCCGGCAACGCCUGCCCUUCUGCUGAUGCAGGGGUCCCCUGGACAAACCCCGGCGGCGCCGCGGAGAGAGGCCCCCAGGAGGGUGUCGUGCCCGUGAGAAUCUUCGUCGCGCUCUUCGACUACGAUCCCAUGUCCAUGUCGCCCAACCCGGACGCUGCCGACGAGGAGCUGCCCUUCCGGGAGGGCCAGGUCAUCAAGGUGUACGGGGACAAGGACGGUGACGGCUUCUACCUGGGGGAGGCAGGCGGCCAGCGUGGCUUCGUGCCCUGCAACAUGGUGUCCGAGCUGCAGGUGGAGGAGCAGGCCGUGCUGCAGGAGAUCCUGAGGCGCGGGUUCCUGCCGCCCGAUGCGCCGCUCGACCAGAUAGUCGCGUUAGAGUCAACUUGGGAGGAAAAAGAUCGAGAAGGGCUGGACGGGCGAGGCUGCUGGCAGGCGGGGGUCACCGCUCGCCGCAUGAUCGCCCUGUUCGACUACGACCCCCGGGAGAGCUCGCCCAACGUCGACAUCGAGGCCGAGCUGAGCUUCACCGCUGGGGACAUCAUCGCCAUCUAUGGAGACAUGGAUGAAGAUGGAUUCUACUUUGGAGAACUGAACAGCCAGACUGGUCUCGUACCCUCCAACUUCCUGGAGGAGGUGCCAGGAGACUUGGAGGUAGCACUGUCCAUUCCUGAUGAGAGAGAGGCUGACAACGAACAGCAGGCGGAGAAAGCGGCAGAAGAGGCAAUGCAAGACGAGAGCCGAGCGGGCGAUCACGAGGACGCGCCGCUCGACGGCAAGGCGGCGUGCGCGGCCGAGGCCGCCCGGCCUCCGGCGGCGCCGCAGCCGCCGAAGGCCGAGGGACCACCGGCCGAGGGACCACCGGCUGAGGGAGCGGCGGCGGCGGCGGCAGCAGGGGGGGGUGGGGGUCGCAGUGACGAGGAGGCGAGCGCGGAAAAAGCGUCCGCCCUGCUGUCAUCGCCGGCCACGUCCGGCGGCGGGUCCCCUAAAACGCACGGCUCCUCCUCCAGCCCCGCCAGCAGCCUGGAGGGCUCGCCGCGCAAGAAGAAAGGGCUUCUUCUCCAAGGGCAAGUACCUCCUGAAGAAGCUGGGACCCAGCAAGAAGCAGUGAGCACGCGGCUUGCAGAUGCCACCGAGGGCCCAGUUGGUGAACGGUGGCACGGCUUCUCCAUGCUGCUCCGGGUUUGUAUUCGACGCCGCGCGGUGCCCUACGAUGGGACCUUGUCGACCACCAGUACGUGCACUUUCCUCUGUCAAUCCAUUGGCUGGAUGACGGCGUCCCAAGGUCGUGCGGGUCGUGCGGGUCGUGGGGGUUAUUUUAUGAUGCUCUGCCACCUGGGUCAGAGGAGGUUGGUAUAGGCUGGGGGUAUAGGUGGUUGGAGCAUAGAAUAACAGUCCAACAAUGUAUUUUACUGCAAUGUUCCUUGCUGCCCAAAAUGUAGCCCUUCAGCUGCAGUAAAUCAAAUUGAAAUAUAAAGAGAUGUUUUAAUGAAUCAAACUUUCAUGCGAUUAUUAUCUUGUAACGCGACAAAGAUCUAAAUUGUGUUAUGAAAGAAAAACAAAGACGAGCCAAUUCGCGUGUUAUUUUACUCUGGCCAAAAGAGAGAAAGCAAAUGUUUUUUUGAAAUGGUUCGAUCCUCGCCAAACACGACAUUGAGCCCAGCCACGCUUAGAAGAGCAAGAAAACUCCUGGUUCAACAGUUGGAGUAGUCGUGUUGAUGGUGACACAACACGUGGAGACGACUGCUAGUGUGAUGGGUUUUCUUCUAAAACUCAUGGAUUUUCUCACUGAAGUUGGUGAUUUUAUUUUCACCCUGACACACGCACUCCACCCGCAGUGUUAAUGGUGAGAUGGUGCCAUUGCAACUUGGAACAAACUGUCGGCAAUUCCCUUUGCAUGGCAGUAUCGCAAAAAUGACAAGACAGUAAAAUGAAUCGGCACCUGAAAUGAUUGCUGAAAAAUCUAACCUGCUUAGAACUUUCACCAAACAGAUGCCCUCCGGCCACUGCCAAGUGGCCUCCCAACAAUGAUCAUUCCUCGCCAACAUAGCAGGGCUCUUAACAGUUUACAAGAGUAAAACAAAAAUAACGUGAGAAUCUUGUUGAAAUUCACUCGGGGCAAAAACAAACACGGCAAGGUAAACGUCUUGGCUGCUCAGCCACUUCACCAGGACUCUGCUGAGCUGCACUGAUGACGAUGGCGAUGACGAUGACUGACUUAAUUCCCAGUGGGAAUUCUAUUCUUUCCCCAACGCCUCCUCCAGCCACCACUGUUUUAAGUCGUGGUCCUUCGUGGACCGUUGUCUCUCAGUGCAGGUGGACUCCAGCCAGAGGAGCAUUUGUUCAAGGCUGGACACCGUCUGAAAUGGACUUUCGCCGUCGCCCAACGGCACAGGAGACGGUCGUGGACCUCGCCAACAAAACGCAUUGGUGUUUGUUUUGUGCAUUCUAAUGUGGUGGGCUGAUGGGCCAUCGGCAGACAGCCACCGUCACGGUCCUCACGCUUUGUUGAAGGCCUGGAGCUUUAAAAGGGUGUAUCAAACAGUGCCGAAUCAUCGGAUGUGAAACGUAUCAGCACGCCGUGUUUUUUUGCCACUUGUUGCUGUCACCGCACCGAAGUGGAUGAGAUUGGGAGUGGAAUAUGGCGCUCUCACGUUGUCAUCACUCGCAAUGGUUCUGCGAUAAAUAUACUCACAAUGGUGCUCUCCACAUUGGCACCACACUGCACUAUGGAGCAUUCCUUUUCAUUAUGUUUAUAAUUUAAAUAACACCGCAUUAUAUCAUAAGCUGUAUAUAGAGUCGGGGUUGCGAAAUGCGACUAAAGUACCCAGAAGGGAAUAUACCAGGAGGCAAAGCGUUGCGUUUUUGGUAGCCGUAGAAGUUGUAACAUGUAUUAUUUAUUUAAUUCAAGGACGUUGUCAGAGCUGGUCUGCAGGGAAGUGGUCACAACCCAGAUCCACGAUUGCUGAGAGUUGUGAAGAGCAGGACAGAUUGUCAAUGCCGGAAGAUGCCUCAGAGAUGUGUAUCCAUGUGCAGCGCAUUGUCAGACCACUGCUGGGUGAGAACCUCCGGCCCAUGUGCAAAGGGCUCUGGAUAUCUGCUGCACCGCCCUCUGUUGCCCCCCACGUCGACCAUAAUUGCUACCCAUGCAAACAUUAUCCAGAUUAAAAUACCCUGCUUAGCUUGCGAAGGUCUGGGCACAUUGCGGAUGAUUUAGAAAUACUGUAUAGAAGGUCUGGGCACAUUGCGGAUGAUUUAGACAUACUGUAUAGACCUCAGACAUGGAAUUUACUGAAAGGAGCAAGCAACUCUGUCAUUUGCUAUGGGACAACUUGCUCAAGGAUAGGCCCUUACACAUCCAUAAUGGGGGUGUCCCAUGAUAUUCCCCUUAUAUGCCAAUCAGGCGUGGAAGGCUGCAUCCAUUCCUUGAUUAAAGUUGAUUCCAACUUGAUUAACGUAAGAAUAAACAAUUGACAAUGUAUUUUAAAGUAUCUGCUAAUGGUUCAGUUAGGUUCAUGGGUGGACAAACAAAACUGUACGCGACAGAAAAAAAACCCAGCAAAGAGGAUGAACAUGGAGGUAGAAAUAUGCAGAGGUUAAUUGAUUUCUAAUCGAAUCGCGACCCUGAAUUGUAACAAUUCAUCAACUCACUCAAGGAGCGAAUCGUAACAUACCUACCGCCUGUGAUGGGAAUAUCUGUGCGAUGACGGGUGUCUGACACAAACACGCAUUGUUUUCUUCAUCCGUGGAGAGGGACCAGACCUUCAGCACGAUGGCCACCAUUCUGCUUGCUAUUGUGAAGAGUGGUGGCGGAGCUAUUGAGUGUGCAGGCAGUGCAACUGCACCAGGGCCCACGGGCUUCAGGAGAGCCGAGGCAUCGGGCUCCAGAGAGGAGGCAAAUUCUAAAAGGGGGGCUCCAUUUUAGUCAUACACCAGGGGGGCCCAUGUCAAUCACACUACACACUACUGGUGAAGGUUUUUUUAAAUUACAUGUCCAUGCAGUCUUCUUCUCGCUCAGAAGGGUGUCCCGCAAACCCGCGACUGACCAAAGUGUAACAAUUAGGUUGCUCGUGAUAACUACUUGCGUGAUCAUACAUUGACAAUUAACAUUGAUCCGUGCGCUCACGAUACACUCGUGCAUAUAAACUAAAAUAUUUGAUUAAUAAAAAAAAAUUCUCAAUUAUAUUUUAAUGUGUUCGCGUGACCCCCUAUAGCCACUAGAUGCGCUAAAUUCAUAUCUUAAAAUAAAAUUGUUACAUGUCUAUUCGGUGGUGGAUAAGAUAAUGGGGGAAAUGGGUCGGUUGGUCAGAAAUGAAGACCGCACAGUGUAGAUUGAUUCACGCAAACGUAACUCCUCUACCCUACUCAGCCCUUGAAGAGAUGCAGUGCUGCACGGCUUGUGCUCAUAGUUUACAGUGCACCGAUGCAUCAUCGAUCGCUUCUUCUUUAUAGAGAGGGGCGCUUGUGUUUUUUCCCGCACGCUGGACCUGGAAUGUGGAAGGAUUUGAACUCGGGGGUCCUCUCAAGCCUGGCAAAGGCACUCGGUCAUUGAGCCAUAACUGCCACCGCCGCUGCACUUACACACAUCGAUGGCGGUUCCAAUCCCUGUACCAGUCAUGACUGUAACUGCGUUAUUGAUAUGUACCAAACUGUUCCCGCUUGUAGUUGUCUUUGUCUCUGCUGCGCAGAUAUUAACACAGCACAGUGAUGACACAGAGAUGGGAAUCAUCCCCUGCUGCAUGUCAGCAGACAAUCUGUGGUGGUUCCCAUCUCCGUACAAGGUCAUGACUAUAACUGCGUUGUUAUCCCGGUGGGUACUGCAGUUUACUUGGUUCCUGCGGCAGAGGUAGAUGGGGGGGGUGACUCCCAAGAGCACAGCAUUGAUGUCUAUCUAUUGCUGAAUACUUUGUGUGCUUGUAGCGAUGUAGAGGCUGGGUAGCGAGGCUCUUGUGUAAAGGUCCCCCAGCGCUGCUCCGUACGCACGGGUGAGCACACUUAUUAACAGGGUUCGCAUCUGCUGGCAACCGCGGCGGCGUGCUCUCGCUUUGGUUGUGGCAGUAAGCGCACAUUUUGUGCAUCACAACGGCAUUGCCUUAGUGCGGGGGGGGGGGGGGGGCUGUCUUUGCCUUGGAGGCAUUCCCAGGGGAUGUCGAAGGAAAUAGCCGGUGUUGAAGGAAAAGCUUGCGUCGAAUGUUUAAGGACCGUGGGGAGGGCAGGCCACAGUUCAGUGAGGGUUGCUUAGUGCCAAGCGCUUGCCCCCCCAAAACGGCGAGUCGUGUCCGGCUCCCAAAAGUGCCAAAAUCCCUAAGGGCCCCAGCCGGCUUUUGGGACGUGGGGGCUUUCUCUUGGUAGGAUUGUUUGUAUUAGAGGAUCCUCAGUUUUGUAUUUCUUGCCAUGAGAUAUUGCCAUACAUACGUUCCAGGUGAAGAGAAGUGUCAAGAGAAGAAAGUAUUGUUGUGGCUUUUUUCCAAACGGACAAGUGCUCUCGCUGGGUUGGGGAGUUUGUAGUUUUUGGCAGUGAUGUUUUUGUGGACCUAUUUUAUAAACAAUUGUUGCCAUUUGGCUGAAGUUAAUGCUGAAUUUUAAUUUUGCAAACUCUGUUCACAGUGUAUCUACCGUACGUGGGGUGUAGCGGCAAUUAAGCUCUCAGAGCUGUAGUGACUAAGUCUGGGAUUAGCACCGGUGGUUUGGAAUGAAGCCACAUUGACCGAUAGACAUCAUAGACCACACACCUAAAAAUCGAUAACCGUACAAGUCUGAAAAAUGAAAUUAAUAAGUACAUUCAAUUAGCGACCUAUUGAAAUUAAUGAGCCGUUCAAGUGCCAUUAUGUCAAGAGAGAUUAUUUUCAAAAAAAAGUUACGUUUUGAGAGUUGCGUUUUUUUUUCCACAAUAUUUUCAGAUCGAGUACAAUUGUUGUAAGUGUUUUUUUUUACAUGGCGUGUGCGUGCGUGAGUAAUUUGUAACGUGUUUGUGUAAAUUUUCGUGUUCAGGCAGCGUGUUUUAUUGCUGUGUGCCCUUUGUGAGUUCUCAGUGUAACUGACAAUGGGUCGCACAGCUGGAAGUUGCAGUAGUCUCCAUGUACAUACACUGCACCCAUUUGACUGCUUUGAGCCAAAAUAAAGUUUUACAUUUAUUU